AUGUCGAAGCGAGACAUCCAGCUCCAACCCCGGAUGUCCAAGAAGCCUCCAUUCACAGUGGAGGCUUCUGGCUACGAGCCCGUACCGGGAGAGACCAUCCCUCGUAGAUUGCCACAGGCCAAAGACAACCUCAUCCUGCGGCCCGCGGAGGACGUCGCAACUACCUACGAUGUUUUCAGACGGUCCGCGCGCAUGUUCGGUAACGCAAAGGCCGUCGGUACUCGUCGCCUUAUUAAAACUCAUGUGGAGAACAAGAAGGUCAAGAAGAUUGUCGACGGUGUGGAGCAGGAGGUUGAGAAGCAGUGGACGUAUUUUGAGAUGAGCGGUUAUACCUACAAGAGCUUCGUUGAAUAUGAACGCCUUGCGUUGGAAUUGGGUUGUGGGUUGCGCAAGCUGGGGUUGGAGAAAGAUAACAAGAUUCACCUUUACGGUGCAACAAGUGCACAUUGGCUGGCCAUGUCACACGGAGCUGCAUCUCAAUCAUUGACGAUCGUUACUGCAUACGACACUCUUGGAGAGGAGGGACUGAAGCACUCUCUGGUCCAGACGUCGAGUCUUGCUAUCUUCCUCGACCCCAGUCUUAUCCGUUCUCUUACCAAUGUUCUCGCCGAUGUUAAGUCUAUCAAGCACGUUGUCUACAACACCGACCAGGAGGUUAAGCAGGCGGAUCUGGACAAGCUCAAGGCCGAUUUCGACUACUUGAACAUCAUGAGCAUUGAGGACUUGCGCAAGCUGGGAGAGGAGAACCCUUUCGACCCAGUUCCCCCGUCUCCCGAGGACCUCUGCUGCAUUAUGUACACCUCCGGUUCCACGGGUCCACCAAAGGGUGUGCCUCUGACGCACAAAAAUGUCAUCGCUGCCACUGCCGGUGUCAAUGCGAUCGUUGGCCCUUACAUCGGACCCUCCGAUGCCCUGCUUACCUACCUUCCCCAAGCGCACAUCCUGGAGUUCAUGUUUGAGAACCUUUGCUUGUUCUGGGGUGGCACAAUGGGCUACGGGAACCCCCGAACUCUGUCGGAUACCUCGAUGCGCAACAGCAAGGGUGAUAUCCGCGAAUUCAAGCCAACGAUUCUCGUCGGUGUCCCGGCUGUCUGGGAGUCAGUGAAGAAAGGUGUGCUCAACAACUUGAACAAGGCCAGCUUCCUUGUAAGGGGCCUGUUCUGGGGCGCAAUGUCCGCAAAGACCUUCCUGAUGACAAAUGGAUUCCCGGGAGCCAGCACGGGUGCCUCCAUUCUGGAUGCUGUCGUGUUCCGUAAGUUGAAGGAAGCUACCGGUGGUAAACUGCGUAUUGUAAUGAAUGGCGGUGGCCCGGUCUCUAAGGAUACUCAGAGGUUCCUCUCUAUGGCCAUUGCCCCCAUGAUCAGCGGCUAUGGUUUGACCGAGACCUCCGCUAUGGGCGCUCUGAACGACCCUAUGGCCUGGAACCCGGAAGCCCUGGGUGAAAUACCCGGAUGCAUUGAAGUCAAGCUCGUCGAUUUCCCGGAUGCCGGCUACUUCACCAAGAAUGAUCCGCCUCAGGGAGAAAUCCUCAUCCGCGGUGGUAGUGUGACCACGUACUAUUGGGACAAUGAGGAAGAGACCAAGGCCGCCUUCACCGAGGACGGCUGGUUCAGGAGCGGUGAUAUUGGCGAGUUCGACAAGAACGGCCAUCUGAAGAUCAUCGACCGCAAGAAGAACCUGGUCAAGACGCUCAAUGGGGAGUACAUCGCUUUGGAGAAGCUCGAGUCUGUAUAUCGUUCCUCGCCCGUGGUUGGCAACAUCUGUGUCUACGCCGCCGAGGACCAGGACAAGCCCGUUGCCAUCAUUGUGCCCGUUGAGGUCGCCUUGAAGAAGAUCGCCAGUGAGAAUGGCAUUGAGGGUGACAGCCUCGAGUCGCUGGUUCACAAUGAGAAGCUGAAGUCCAUUGUCCUCAAGCAGCUCCAAAGCGCUGGCAAGGCUGGCGGUCUCAAGGGUAUUGAGAUCAUCAAUGGAGUUGUGUUGUCUGAUGAGGAGUGGACACCUCAGAAUGGUUACAUGACUGCGGCCCAGAAGCUGCAGCGCAAGAAGAUCAUCAACAAGUUCAGGGCCGACAUCGACCGUGCCUACGGCAAAUAG